CAUACGUAUAUAGCAAGUCGUAUUGUAGUUGUUCAUGCUCUAUAAUUUGAGUUUUAAAUCAUUUUGUACUUUGAACUUAAAAAGAACAUUAUAUUUAUAUAUCGUUAGCAAAUGGUUGAAUGAUAAAGUCAGAUUUUUAAUGGAAAUUGAAUUAAGUAUUCGUUUGCCGAAGAAAGUCUUAAUUGCCGGCGUACAAUGUGGUUUGUGUGAUGCGUGAUCAACAUUUUAUAGAAAAAAGGAAAAAACGUUUUAUAUGCGUAACUUGAAAGAACAUAUGUUUCUCUUUUAUUGAGAUAAUAAAAUGUUUGUUUUAUGGACAUGGUUAUUGUGUAUUAAUGAAUGAUAGUCGUGGAUAAUUUAUAUAAUUUUGAGUGUAAUUUAUAGUAAGAAACCCAGAAAAAUAACGGUAUUUUACUAUGUUUAUGCUACUUACAGAAUUUUUAACUUUUUUUUAUGCAUCAUAAUGCAUAAUAAUUUAAUUGCUGCUGCCAUCGGUGUAACCGUUGGUGUUAUAAGUGCAGCUAGUAUUUUUAUUUACCGUAAAAUUUUGGCAAAUCAACAAUAUAGCACAACAAUUUCUGAUUUAGAUGCUGCCAAUAAAAGAAUUGAUGAAUUACAAACAGAAUUAGAAGCUUUAAGGUUACAACUAAAACAACAGAAAAAGAAAAGAAAAAUUUCACGAAAAUUUAAUUCUAAUGAUAGUACCUAUACUUUAGAUAAUGAUACAGAUAUUGAUGUUUUUUCAACAACAACUGAUAUUGGAGAUGAUGAGUUCUAUGAUUGUUCCGAUGGUGAAAGUAUUGUUAGCGAUAGUGACUUAAGGAUCUCAGACGAACUGAACCAGCUGGAUAUAAUACUUAAGGAGAUUGAUGAACAACUAAAUGAUCAAUUUGAUGUCAAGACUUACUAUAUAUUGCAAACAUUAGCGAGAUCCCACCCAGACAAUGUAGAAGUAGUAUGGAGAUUCACAAGAGCUAGCUACCAUUAUGCAGAAGCACAAAUUGAUAAGAAUAUUAGAAAGUUAAUCAUUCUUGAAGGUAUUCAACAGUGUGAGAGAAUUAUUGAAAAUCGAAAAGCAGAUCUGUAUAAGUGGUAUGCUAUCCUUAUAGGACUACAUGGAGACUAUUUAUCAGUGCCAGACAAAAUAAAGAAUGGCAUUGUUUUUAAGAAAUAUGUAGAACUGGCUUUAGACAUGCAACCAGAUGACUUUGAAUUACAUUAUCUUCUAGGAAGAUUUAAAUAUGAAAUUGCUAAUUUAAGUUGGAUCGAGAAAAAGGUAGCAACAUUAUUUGAAAUUCCAAAUGUUUCUAUUGAAGAAACACUCAUUUGUUUUGAAACUGCAGCAAGGCUUGGAAGUACAAAUCCAUACACUCAGUUAUACAUUAGUAAAUGUUAUAUUGCUUUAAAGAAAUAUACAUGUGCAAUUGAUUCAUUAAAAGAAAUUUUAGAAAAACCAAUUGUAUCAGCUGAUGAUGAAAAAGUACAUACGGAAGCGAGUAAACUUCUCGACAAGUACUCAGGAUAUAGUUCAUAGUGAAAAAUAAUGUAUUUGUACAUCACAUCUAUAUUAAUAAUUAUACUAUUUCCGUAUACAUAUACAGAUAAAAACAACUAUAUUGCAGCUUAAUCUAAACGUUAACAUCAAACAAUUUAUAAUCAAUUAUUACAUGAAACAUAGGUACUAAACAAUUUUCAAAAUAUUUUAUCUAUUGCAGUAUGUAUUGUAAAUCUUUUAAUUUAAAUUUUAUGAAAGAAUGUAAUUUGUAAAGAUCUGCAUAAAAAAUAUACGUCACUAGUGCAAGGUUUUGUAAAUUAGAAAUAUGUACUUUAGUUGUACAAUUUAGCAAAUAAUAUUUGAUAUAUAUAGAAAACGGUAUAUACAUUGGAGCGCCUGGAUUUAGUUAUUUUCUUAAAAAGAAUUUAUAGAAUUUAUUAUUAGUGAUAUUCACUGUAUACAUCUUCUAAGUAAAAUUUAUAAUAUAAAAAGUCAUACAAACACUUUUGUAUAAUUAAAUUUUAUAAACCUUAUAAAAAA